UAUAAAGAUCACGAAAGCUUGUAAUUAGUCUACUUCAAUUUUUAAAGAUGAUUUAUGUUGCUGUGAUAGGAGCAGGAGCUGCUGGUUUAUGCGUGGGAAGAUACCUAGCUGCGCAACAAGAUGUCUUCAGUGCUGUAAUAUACGAACAAUCCAGUUAUGUCGGGGGUACUUGGGCUUAUAAUGAGAAAACAGGACUAGACGAUAAUGGAGUGUCUAUACCUUCCAAAGUAUACAGCAAUCUAAGAACCAAUCUUCCAAAGCAAGUCAUGGGUUUUCCAGAUUUUCCAUUUCCUGAUGAAGUAAGCUCCUACAUGACUCAUGCUCAAGUACAAAGGCAUCUAGAAGACUAUGCAGAUCACUUCUCAGUCAGGAACCUCAUUCAAUUCAACACUCAAGUGGUAAGAGUCACUCCAAAAGUGCAGGAAAAUACCAAGGAAAAAUGGGAAGUCACAGUGAAGGAUGUUAGAAGCGAAAAGGAGACCACAUCUAUCUUUGAUGCAGUGGUUUGUUGUAUUGGGAAAGUGCCAAAAAUUCCACCAAUUCCUGGAAUAAAUGAAUUUCCUGGUCUUGUGCUGCACAGUCAAGAUUAUCGUCACCCAGAAGACUACAAAGACUAGAGGGUUGCAAUACUGGGUGCUAAAUCUUCAGGCGUUGACAUUUGUAUUGAUUUAAGGAACAGUGCAGAGGCUGUUUAUUUAAGCCAUCAUCAUGACCGAAUCGUUUGCAACUUGCCAGACAAUGUUGAACAGCAUCUAGAUGUAAAGGAAGUCCUUGCUGAUAGGACGAUUAUUUUUCAAGAUGGCCAGACAAGAAAGGCAGAUGCAAUUAUUUUUUGCACUGGCUACGAGCUUUCCUUUCCUUUCCUAACCGAUAAAUGUGGGAUUACUUUAGAGGAUAGUCGCGUAACACAUCUUUACAAGCAUUUAUUUAAUAUCAAGUAUCCUUCCAUGUCAUUCAUUGGUUUAGGAAUUCAAGUAUGUUUUUUCCCACAGUACAGCCUUCAAGCUCGUCUCGUAGUUGCAUUUCUCUCCAAGAAGGUAAUGCUACCAACAAAGCAAGAGAUGCUUGUAGAUGAGGAAACAGAAUUCCAAGACAAAAUCUCCCAAGGAAUGAAAACUCAUUAUGCGCAUUUCUUGGGAAAUAAGCAGUGGGAGUAUAAUGAAGAUAUUGCAAAGCUUGCAAAGUGUGAACCAGUGCCUCCUAUUGUUCAGAAUCUAUAUUACCAUCACUGGACCUUUAGGAGUAAAGACCUUUUAGGAUACAAAAAAAGAGAGUAUAAAGCGACAUCUGACAGCACUUGGAUAGACGUGGUAACAGAUUAAUACAAACAGAUGAUUCCAAAGUAGGUUCUAUGUUCUUCCUUGAUAAGCAUGACACAUGGCUACACCUUCUACCGCAACAGGACACCAGAGGCUACUUAUUAAGAGUUGUGAUAGAUGAGGCAGUAAGCCGUGUGGGAUGGGCUCGGAAAUCAUAUAAGAACAUGCGUAAUAGGUAAAUUACGAGCCUUGUAUGAAGCGACUGAAGAAGAGUGCAAACAGUGGGCCUUUCACAACUUCAAGUCGCGUAAAAAAGAGUUACUAAGGGUUAGUGUUUGGACUUUGUUUGCAAAUAUCUCUUAUGAAAUGCGUUUUCAUGAAAUGUGGGCUUUUUCGAUAGUUUUAGUGUGGUGGGACGAUUAAAAAUGACAUUACACUUGAAAACGCUUUCCACAGUGGAGCCAUUUGAAAUAUUUGACCCAUGCGAAUUUUGAAAACGUUACUGCGGUUUUCUAUAUUCUGCAAACUCAGACAUUCCAACGGCUUAUUGUGAAAUUGGCUUUUCACUGCCGUCAGUCAAGAACAUAAAAGGUACUGACUGAUUAUUUUCAACUACUAAGUUCGCUGAAUAUCGAAAACCGCUGUAAUGUCAUUCACAUCGGAACCCCGGUUUUUGGCAUGCGCAAACGAUAAUGAUGUGUUAUUUCCGAUCGCAUAGCUGCGCUUUCGAUCAUUUUCGUGUAGAAACGCUAAGCUAGUGUGGCAAGUUUUUCCGGUGACAUAUAAAUGGAGCGUGCGGCGUUUUAUCGAGUAAAUACGGUACUAUCCAAACAAAAGUUGUCAGUUCGUAAUGGAACGGCUUUUGAUCUCUUAACCCUGGGACAGAUUCUACAAGGAGUGGAUAAGCGCUAUCCRACAGAUAAAUCCUUAUCCAAUGAAUAAGUUAGUGCUGUUAUCCAAUAAAUUAAUCCACUGGAUAAGAUUUAUUCGUCGGAUAGCGCUAUCCACUACUUACAACCGGGGCGUGAGCGCAUGGCUAUACCUUCAUUACUGAAAUACUCGUAACUGGCUCGAAAUGCUUUGUUACUGUAACUAUCAAAACGUAUUAAUGUAAUUAACAAAGUUGUUUAUUAUUAUCA